AUGCCAAGCGGAAUUGCGCAGAAGGCUUUGCAGGUGAUUAGAGCGCCUUUGCCGGAUUUAAAUAUCGGCAUAAAUAAAACAAAAUCGCAUGCUCUCCAUUAUGGGACCUUCAUCGGCUCUCUGGUCCCUUGGGACGAUUUUGAGGAAGAAGCCAGGCAGCAUGUCGUGGCGUUGAACCUGAGUAACGGUGGUCAGGUAUUGGGCUAUAAAUCGAUCACACGGCCGGCAUUGCUAUCCACAGAGCGAUUCGCUGUCGGGGACGAGAUGGGUUUACAAAGCCGAUUUACUGAAAGGCUCUCCCAGGUCAUGACAGCUGUUCUCGAGGCCAUUGGUUCGAAUUCAUGCUUCGGAGACUAUAAGUCUACCGGGGACCGACGUAUCAAAGGAAGGGUACCAGAUGUAGCUAUACGGAAUGACCAUGGCCUAUUACGUGUUGUUGGGGAGUUGAAAACUCCCUGGAUUAAACUACACAAUCUCAAAACUGCAUGCAGAAACGACCGUCAUCUGCGACGAGUCUUAGCUCAACCGGUGAGGUACAUGUUUACCGCGAAACUAAAAUAUGGCUUCAUAUCUACCUACAAUAUGACAAUGUUUUUAAAGCAAGAGAUAAUAGGAGGAGACUGGACAAUAGCCUUUAGUAGGCCUAUAAUGAGCUGCACCGAAGCGAAAAGGGUAGACGAUGGAAACUACGCGGAUAUGGUGUCCCUGAGAGAGUGCUUCUUGUAUCUCGUUCAAUUGGCGGAGAAUAAUCAUAUUGCAAACAACCAACUGCCAGAAGAGCAGUGGUUUGAGGGUAGUGUAGUUUAG